UUGGCUUUCAGAAAUAUGUCUAAAUUUUAAGCAAUGUUCUCCCUAAAAUAAGCACCCCUCCCAAAUACAAUACCUUUCGGCCCCACACCAACUAAAUUAGGCCUUGUUUGAAAUCGCGAAAUGAGGGUCCUUCUGGGCACCAAAUGCUUCCUGAACCUCUGCAAGCACCGGAUACGAUGGCACCACCAUGGCAGUUCCUAUCUACCCCCUCAGCAGCUCUACGAAGUAGCAAAGAAAGUCAUCAGGUCUCACCGAUUAGCAAUUUCCGCACGAUUUCUAUCAGGCAAAGGAAAACCACCGGAAACCCCAACUUUGGAUUUAAUUUGUCGGGUAUUGGCAUCUGCGAAAAACUCUGGUGAUGGUGGCAAGCCGAAAGAGCCUUUAAAACUUGAAUCCUUGGGUCAGACAUCUACUAACUCCAGCAGCCAGGAAUCGACUAAAAAUCCUCUUCACAUAAAAGAAGAGAGCAAAACACCAUCGAAUAGCCAAUUGGAACCGGAGUUGGUAUACUCAAAAACCCCGGAAGUAUUCAACUGUAAGAACUGUUUCGAAUAUAGUUCGGAAGUAAUGAUUGUGAACUGUAAGGAUUGCAUUGGAGAUAACAAUCAAUCUACAGAGCCAGUCAUGGGAAAGGCGACAUUAAUGCUGCAGGACAAUAGUACAAAUCAACCAGCAAAUGCUAUAAAGGAGCCUCCAACUUCUGCAUCAAAACCAUCGGUUGGCGAGUCUCUACCUUCUGUUGCUUCAAAGAAACCUCAGACGACAUUACCACUACAGGAAAUUAGUACUAAUCAACCAACUAGUGCUUUAAAAGAGCCUUCAACAAAUCAACCUACAAGUGCAUUAAAAGAGCCUUCAACAAAGCCUGCAUCAAAACAAUCGGUUGGUGAAUCACUACCAUCUGUUGCUCCAAAAAAACCUCAAGUAUCACCAGGUUCAACUUCUCUAAAUGAGAGAUUUACCAUGCCGCAAAAAUCCGCUUUUCCCGUGGGAAGAAAUCCCUGUAUAGACGGCAAAAAAGCUAAAAAAUCGAAAUGUCCGCCACCCAAACCCAAACCUUGCACCUCAUCGAAAGAUGAACACAAACCUCCGGUUAAAAAAAAACCACCUUCAAAACCCAAAGCAAAAGAUCCACCUAAAGCCGUCGAUUCUAGUGCAUCAAGUGCACAGAAAAAGGAAGAUGCUCCUGCAAAGCCGAAGAUCGCAAGUACAUCUUCGAAUAAACCUCAAUCAGAAAAAUCACCUGCAAAUCCAAAGGUUGAAUUUUCGAUGCCGUCGAAUUCGGCUUUUCCAUUGGGAAGAAAUCCCUGCGUUGAUGGGAAGAAUGAAAAAAAAGGACCUAAAUGUGCGGCAUCGAAUCCAAAGUCACUACAAAAAGCCGAGAAAGACGAUAAGCCAAAAGUGGCAAUUAAAAGCCAAUGUAAGCAGGAAACUAAAAAGGAAACUUGCCCAAAAGAAUCUCCGAUUAAAAAAGCAGCUACUGUUCCAAGUGAAUCACCUAAGCCUCCGGAAAGUGUCGCACCAAAAGCCGAACCUCGAAAGAAAAAGUCAAUGAGGCAGGGAAUUGUCAAUCCAAAGAAGCCUCCGGUCAAACCACAGAGUCCUCCGGUUAAAUCUAAAUCUAUCAAACAACCAAAGAACAAAGAGCUACCAGAGAUAUCAACUUCCCGUUUUUCCAUGCCGCUUAUGUCAGCUUUUCCCAUUGGAAGAAAUCCCUGCCGGGAUGGCCCAAGGGGAUCAGCCAAGGAAGAAAGUCCCUGCGGUAAAAAGGUAGUCAACAUUUGCCAAUCAGGCUCCGAUUCCUGUAAAGCUAAAAAAAAUAGAUCGAAUGACGCCGAAUCAAGUAAAACUUCAAGUUCAUUAAGCCCCGUUCCUCAAAAAGAUGUCAAGAAAUCCGAUGAAUCUCACACUCCACCAUCAUCGAAGGCUUCCCUGCCUCCGCCUCCGCCUCCUCCACCACCAGUCAAGAAAAUACCCGUGUCUUCUGAUCCGCCUCAGAAUAAGGAGAAAUCUGCACCCAAAGUUCUCAGUCACUCAGCAGAAAAAGCACCAUUGCCAACAAGUAAAGAAACCAAGGAAUCUCCAGCUUCACAACCUUCGCCUUCAACUUCUAAAAAGGAAAUCAAAACAUCUGCUGAGCAAAAAGUAAAAUCAGAUUCUAAAGAGCCGAAAUAUGGCCGAUCAAAACGAUCGAAUUGCGAAGUGAAAACACAAUGUGCAACAGAAGCCCAGAAAAUUCCAAAGAAAUGCAAGGAAUCGAGAGUACGCCACCUAGCAGACGCCAACAAUGAUCCAAGUAAGAAACCCCAGUUAAAAAAGUUUCCAGCUCUUCCGCUCAAGCAAAGCAUCGCCAGUUAUCUAAGCAGUAUUGAGCCAUUUCUCAAUAAAGAGGAACUCAAAGUGGAACGGAAGGUGGCCAAGGAGUUUGUGGACAACGAAGGUACACAACUCCAGGAGCUGCUCGAGAACGAAGCCGAGCGUUCGGACAACUGGCUAACUCCCAGAUGGACACGUUCCGCAUACUUGACCUACCAGGCUCCGCUGACCGUCUUCUCCAGUCCGGGUCUCUCCUUUCCCAUUCAGGAGUUUGAUGGAACCAGUGAUUUUCUGAACUUCACGGCUAAGGCUAUCUACGGUAUGUGCGAGUUCAAGCAGCUAGUCGACCAAAACAAAAUUCCAGUGGUCAAGAUGGGCAAACACUAUCUGGACAACAGCCAGUUUGCCAAGAUCUUUGGCGCGGUUCGCAAGCCGGGUCGAUUCUGCGACACCAUCGAACAGUACAACGAUGCCGAUUAUAUUGUGGUGGUAUAUAAUAAUAAUUACUUUAAGCUGCCCAUUUAUUCCGAAAGUGGAACUUUGCUGCAUGUUCAUACACUGAGAGAUGCGUUGAUGGAUAUACUUGAAUGUCCACUUGAAGUAGGCGAACACUUUGGCCUUUUGACCCACGACAAUAGAAGCAACUGGGCAGAGGCGUAUACCAUACUCGGUCGACUUCAUGGAAACGCAGAUACCGUGGAGACCAUCGAGCAGUCCCUGUUCGUGGUCUGUCUGGACAAGUGUGUACCCACUCCGAAGGGCGAGGAGAGGGUUGUCCAGGCCCACCAGCUCCUCCACGGUGGUGGAGUGCGUCAGAACAGCGCCAAUCGCUGGAUGGACAAGACCAUUCAGCUGAUAGUCAAUCCCAAUGGCCUGGCCGGAUUUUGCUAUGAACAUUCUCCCGCGGACUGCCAGCCACUCGCCAUGUUGAUGGACUUUGUGCAGCAGAAAGUCCAUGAGGAGAACUAUGGCUGCGAUGGUUGCGAGGCGGACAGGAAGGUCACGUCCACCCUGUUGAAGUUCCAGCCAGUGAACGAGUGCAUCAAUUUGUGGUUGUGCCAGGCCAGGCGAAAUAUUAAGAGGAUCGCCGGCCAGCUGCAGAUGAAUGUGUUGCAGUUCGAGUGCCAUGGCAAGUGCUUCAUCAAGGCGCAGGGUCUGAAUCCGGAUAGCUACAUCCAGCUGGCACUGAGUCUGGCCUACCACUCCAUGCACCGGAAAAUACCCGCUCAGUAUGAGUCCGCUCACCUAAGGAUUUUCCAUGAGGGGCGCACUGAAACCAUUAGAUCCACGUCCAAUGAAUCCAAGGCCUUCCUCAUGGCCAUGCAAUCGGCGACGGCCUCAAUGAGUGAGAAACUGUCUGCUCUUCAGAAGGCGGUGGAUGCCCACGAAAGGCUGAUCAAAGAGGCCAUCAAUGGACAGGGCAUCGAUCGGCAUUUGUUUGGCCUGCAGGAGAUGGCUCUGGAAAAGGGAAUGCCACUACCGGCAUUCUUUCGGUCCAAGGGUUACCUCAGAUCGGUGACCUUUCAACUCUUCACCUCCCAGGUAGCCACCUCGCACGAGGGAUUCAUGGCAUACGGACCACUUCUGUCCGACGGAUAUGGAGUCUGCUACAACCCACAGGAAAAAAAGAUCAUCUUCGCCAUCUCCGCUUGGAAAAGUUGCCCACAAAUCAACGUCAUGCGAUUUGGCAAAGCCAUCAAGCAUUCCCUCAACGACAUGAGAAAACUAAUCCUGAACACAGGCGGUGAUCGUGUGGGCGAGCAUCCAUGUAAAUGCGAGAAAAUAAUGCUCUAGAAGGGAGUCCCCUAAUGAUUUCUGUUCAGAUACCAUCUUGUAUUACGUUUCACAACAAGGCAAAUAUACACUCGGUAUUGUUUCACUUGCAUUAA